ACGAAACUUUUGACUUGAAAAGAAAAGGUUACGAUCAGACUUGACCUGCUUGCGAUAUGUCUGCACAACCUCUCUGGCUGCGUUGCGAAAAGAAGGAGUUUGAACGCCGCGCGGCGUUGACUCCCACUACUGCCAAAAAGCUCCUUGAUGCGGGCUUCGACAUCUACGUCGAGCGCGAUGAGCAACGGAUCUUCGAUGACUCGGAAUACGAGGCUGUCGGCGCAAAGCUCGUAGAGCAUAACUCGUGGCCUAAAGCUGCUGCCAACAUCCCUAUCAUCGGGCUGAAGGAGCUCCCCGUCUCCGAUGCUCCUCUCAUCCAUACACACAUCCAGUUUGCCCACUGUUACAAGCGCCAAGCAGGGUGGUCAUCGGUUCUGGCGCGCUUCAACAAGGGCGGAGGCACCUUGUAUGAUCUAGAGUUCCUUCAGGAUGCCAACGGUCGUCGAGUAGCCGCGUUCGGAUACCAUGCCGGGUUCGCAGGUGCUGCAGCUGGGGCUCUUGCGUACGCUGCACAGAAGAAGGGUGACACGCUUGGUCAAUUGCAUCCUUAUGCGAACGAGGAGGCCAUGAUCACUGCGGUCAAGGAGGCUCUGGGAGGAAGCGGGAAGGGAGUGAAGGCACUCGUGAUUGGUGCUCUGGGAAGAUGUGGGCGAGGAGCUGUUGAUCUGUUCAAGAAGAUUGGCCUUGACGAGGACGAUAUUCUCAAGUGGGAUAUGGCCGAGACAGCAAAGGGAGGACCCUUUCAGGAGAUCCUCGACGUCGACAUCUUCGUGAACUGCAUCUAUCUAAAUACACCCAUCCCUCACUUCCUUGACAAGAAGCAAAUAAAUGCGGCAGGCAAGAACCGCCGUCUGUCUGUCGUAGUGGACGUCAGCUGCGAUACAACCAAUCCGCACAACCCCAUUCCGAUUUACAACAUCAACACGACUUUCUCGCAUCCUACCGUGCCCGUUGACGUCGGGCCUGGAAACCCCCCUUUGUCAGUUAUCUCUAUCGAUCACCUGCCGACACUUCUCCCCCGCGAGGCGUCAGAGCAGUUCAGCUCGGAUUUGUUGCCAUCCCUACUUGAGUUCCCCAACAGGCAGACGGCACCAGUCUGGUUGAAUGCAGAGAAAUUGUUCCGGCAGAAGCUUGCGGAGGCUGUGGAGGCAGAGGGUCUCUGAGUGGUGGGAUGCAGAUAGUGCUAACGUUGGAGGACGGCGGGAAAGGCAGCUUGUAUUGUACAGAGCACGACGUUCUUGCUCGAAAGGUCGCAUCCACAGCUCGCAGCUAAGCCGAGGCACAUGAUAGCUGCGACGAAGAAGCGUUGUAGGGUCCAGAAGCCAGAAUCGCGUUGCGACGACGU